AUGCUGAUUGUCCAGAGCACCCCGGUCGGCCGCCCGCUCCCUGAUCUCCAGCGUGACGUCAAGGAUGUCAUGAUGGAGGCUGGCAAAGUUGCGAGCGCCGUCCUUGAAGUGCUCACGCAGCACUGGCGGCCAAUGUCGCGCGUUGGUCUGCCGCUCAAAACAGGUUCAGCUCAGCGCACGGCGGGAGGCGGGGGGAGCGGAUUCGCUGCUGGGGCGAACACAUUUGGGGUGGGGGUUAGAGCCUCCGCAACUCGGGCGGUCCAGGCGGCUACUGCCGCCACGGGGCAUGCGGCGCUAGAUGGGGGGCGCGCAGCCGCGGCGCAAGCCUUGGCGUCCGCAGUGCCUGCUCCCAUUAUGCAGGCGCUCCAGCUGCUGCUCCAGAACUUGCCGCAGGCCAACAAGGGCGGGGAGAAGAAGGGAAACUACUAG